AUGAACAAGAUGGCAGAUCUUUAUUGGAUCAUUUUCUUUCUAGUGUACUCCUGCCUUGUUAGAGCACUUGAUGCUAGUGCUGGGGAUGCCGACCUGUUAUAUCGGAAUUGUGUAGGACAAUGUGAAAAGACUGGAUGCGUUGGGGAGAGAUGCUUUCCGCACUGCAAAUUCUCCUCAGACGGUUCUUCCCUUGAUGGCCCUUGGUACAUGCAAGAGCCUCUUUACUUGCGGUGGAAACAAUGGGAUUGCCAAAGUGAUUGCCGCUACCAUUGUAUGCUUGAUAGAGAAAAAGAAAGAGCAGAACUUGGUCACGGGCCUUUUAAAUAUCAUGGCAAGUGGCCUUUCCGACGUCUGUAUGGUUUCCAGGAGCCGGUUUCUGUAGCUCUUUCAGCUCUCAACCUUGCAGUGCAUUUCCAUGGCUGGCUUUCUUUUUUCAUCCUUCUUUACUACAAGCUGUCACUAAAACCGGAUAAGAGACCAUACUAUGAUUAUACUGGCCUGUGGCAUAUCUACGGGUUCUUGUCCAUGAAUUCAUGGUUCUGGAGUGCAGUCUUCCACAGUCGAGAUGUGGAAUUGACCGAAAAGCUAGAUUACUCAUCAGCAGUUGCCUUACUCGGAUACUCACUUCUUUUGGCCAUAGUGAGAAGUUUCAGUGUGAGGGACGAAGCUGCGAGGGUCAUGGUUGCUGCCCCACUGGUUGCUUUUACGACUACCCACAUAUUGUACCUUAACAACUAUAAGAUGGACUACGGGUGGAAUAUGAAAGUGUGUGUUUUGAUGGGUGUCACUCAACUUCUCGUUUGGGCAAUAUGGGCCGGUGUUACCCGUCAUCCUUCUCGCUGGAAGCUGUGGAUUGUGGUUGUAGGAGGCGGCCUAGCGAUGCUGCUGGAGAUCUAUGACUUCCCUCCUUAUGAAGGAUUGGUCGACGCCCAUGCUCUUUGGCAUGCUACUACUAUCCCUCUGACGUACGUCUGGUGGAGUUUCAUCAAGGAUGAUGCUGAAUACCGAACAUCUAGCCUACUUAAGAAGGGGCCACAGAAUGCAUCUUUCUCGACUGAAAUGCAUGUUACCGAAUGCACCAGUCUUUCUGGCAAAUAUUUGCUAGAGUCGUAUAUUGUAAAAUUUUUGACGAAUCGGUCACUGAGAGCCGCCUCCUCCUCCUCCGUUCUCUAUCUGUAUUUUGAAGAAGACCUCCCACAAAUUUUUUCUUUCCUUUUUUUGAGUUGUGAAAUUUGGAAACCAGUCAUAAUGGUGAAGUUCACAGCUGAUGAGCUCCGCAGGAUUAUGGACUACAAGCACAACAUUCGCAAUAUGUUGGUUAUUGCCCAUGUUGAUCACGGGAAGUCCACACUUACCGAUUCUCUUGUCGCUGCUGCUGGUAUUAUUGCUCAAGAAGUUGCUGGUGAUGUUAGAAUGACAGAUACCCGUGCUGAUGAGGCUGAGCGUGGAGAGCGGAAUGUUAACGAGUACCUCAUCAAUCUUAUUGAUUCUCCUGGACACGUCGACUUCUCAUCUGAAGUGACAGCUGCUCUUCGUAUCACUGAUGGGGCUCUUGUUGUGGUUGACUGUGUUGAAGGCAUGUGUGUCCAAACAGAAACAGUCCUCCGACAGGCCCUUGGAGAAAGGAUUAGACCUGUCUUGACUGUUAACAAGAUGGACAGGUGUUUCCUUGAGCUCCAGGUUGAUGGCGAGGAGGCUUACCAAACAUUCCAGAGGGUCAUUGAAAAUGCAAAUGUCAUUAUGGCUACUUACGAAGAUCCUCUCUUGGGCGAUGUUCAGGUUUACCCAGAGAAAGGUACCGUUGCCUUUUCUGCUGGUUUACAUGGCUGGGCUUUCACCCUAACAAACUUUGCCAAGAUGUAUGCCUCCAAGUUUGGUGUUGAUGAGGCGAAGAUGAUGGAAAGGCUCUGGGGAGAGAAUUUCUUUGAUCCAGCCACAAAGAAGUGGACCACCAAGAAUACCGGUUCACCUACUUGUAAACGUGGAUUUGUUCAAUUCUGUUACGAACCCAUCAAGCAGAUUAUUAACACUUGCAUGAAUGAUCAGAAAGAUAAGCUCUGGCCCAUGUUACAGAAGCUUGGCGUUGUUAUGAAGUCUGAUGAGAAGGAUUUAAUGGGGAAGGCAUUAAUGAAGCGUGUAAUGCAGACCUGGCUUCCAGCUAGUACUGCCCUCUUAGAAAUGUGA